GCCCCGACCACAGCCAGAAACGCAGCUGGACGCAGGGAACUGCCGAGAUGGGGGAUCGAAGAGACGUAGCGUUGCGGUGCCCGGAGCGCCCAGGCUCAGCGUCCGGCAAGCAGGGCGGCCUCGGAUCGUGACCGUGGCUGGAGCCGCCCCCCUGCCCUGCUAAGCGCACAUGUCUGCCUGCCCAUGCCCAGAAGAUGACCAGGCUGCUCUUGGGGGUGACCCUGGAAAGGAUUUGCAAGGCUGUGCUGCUGCUCUGCCUGCUUCACUUCGUCAUCAUCAUGAUCCUCUACUUUGAUGUCUACGCGCAGCACCUGGACUUCUUCAGCCGCUUCAACGCUAGGAACGCCUCGCGUGCUCACCCCUUCUCCAACUCUUCCCGGCCCAACAGCACUGCCCCCAGCUACGGGCCUGCUGGUGCUGAGCCCCCGUCUCCCAGCGCCAAGCCCAACACCAACCAGUCCGUCACGGAGAAGCCCUUGCAGCCCUGCCAGGAGAUGCCUCCUGGCUUAGUUGGGCGGCUGCUCAUCGAGUUCAGCUCCCCCAUGACAAUGGAGCGGGUGCAGCGGGAGAACCCCGAUGUGCGCCAAGGUGGCAAGUACACCCCCCAGGACUGCCUGCCCCGGCAGAAAGUGGCCAUCCUCAUCCCCUUCCGGCACCGCGAGCACCAUCUCAAGUACUGGCUGCACUACCUGCACCCCAUCCUACGCCGGCAGAAGGUGGCUUAUGGCAUCUACAUCGUCAAUCAGUAUGGUGAGGACACCUUCAACCGGGCUAAGCUGCUCAAUGUGGGGUUCCUGGAGGCGCUCAAGGAUGAUGAGGAGUACGACUGCUUCAUCUUCAGUGAUGUGGACCUCAUCCCAAUGGAUGACCGCAACCUGUAUCGCUGCUACGAGCAGCCACGGCACUUUGCUGUCGGCAUGGACAAGUUUGGAUUCAGGUUGCCUUAUGCUGGCUACUUCGGAGGUGUCUCUGGGCUGAGCAAGUCCCAGUUCCUGAAGAUCAACGGCUUUCCCAACGAGUACUGGGGCUGGGGGGGAGAGGAUGAUGACAUCUUUAACCGGAUCUCCCUGAAUGGCAUGAAGGUGUCGAGGCCCGACAUCCGCAUCGGAAGGUACCGCAUGAUCAAGCAUGAACGCGACAAACACAAUGAGCCCAACCCGCAGAGAUUCACCAAGAUCCAGAACACCAAAAUGACCAUGAAGCGGGAUGGGAUCAGCUCGCUGCAGUACCGGGUGGUGGAGGUCUCACGCCAGCCCCUGUACACCAACAUCACGGUGGAGAUUGGCAAGCCGCCCCCACGCCUGGCCCGGGGCUAGCGCUUGCCCUUGCGUGCAGAGCUGCGUGGAGCCAACCCUCAGGCCCCCGGGCCCGGAGCGGGAUCCUGCCCUGUGGCCGGCGGCUCUGUGCCUGGGCUGGCUGGACACUGUGGAUUUUGCCCCAGCCCAAGAGCAAAGACUGGAUGGGGAUGUUUUUUGCCUACUCUGCUGCCUUUUGGAGAUGGCUGCGCCCAGCCCACCCCUUGGUACUGAGGAUUUUGCCCUCCUUUUUUCCCCCUCCCUGUCCCUCCAAGUGUGUUUCCAAGACCCCCACCCCAUCCUCCCUGUGUUGGCUGAGGAGCCUGUCUGCCCCACGUGUGGCUCUGGGCACAGAGCGAUGAGGUAGCCCCCGCCCUGGCAAGGAGCCCCCUGCCCCCGUCGGCCCCUGCACCACCCCAGGGAGGCAGGACGAGAUCCUGGCUGCUCCUGGGCAGCUGAGUGCCCCGCUCAGGGUCCCAGCAGGCGCUGUGAGAAGUGGGGUGCAGGCUUCCCCCUUCUCCUCGCCGGAGACACCGCUGCCCUGGCCGGCGGUGGGAGCAGCCCCAGGCCCCCCAGCAGGCAGGUAUCGGGGUGACGGUGCCACCCCCGGCCCGGCACCGCCCCUGCUGCUCAGCACGCCGCCGCGGCUCGCUGUCUUCCUCUGCUUUAGUCUGGUGCUCAGAGCUAGGGCCGCACCUCAGCUCUGCCAAACAGAGACCUCCGGCUAGCAAAUGCCCCUCUCCGUGCCUCAGUUUCCCCGGGGCUGGGGGUGGUGGCCCUGGCCCCCCUGCCCCAGGGCAGAUGCUGCUUGCGCGCGCCUGCAGGGAGGCCCCUGCCUCGUCGGGCUGCGGCCGCCCCCGCGCCCCUCCGCGGGGGCUCCGCGGGGGCACCUUCAACCCCCAGCAGCAUCCCAGCUCCGCGGGGCGGGCGGGCGGGGGGCUGCCCCCCGGCUCCUUCCAGCGGCCGCUCUCCGGACCGCUCCUGGAGCCGGGCAGGAGGACGGGGCCGCGGGGCGGCCGGCCGGGCCCCCGGCAGCCCCCGAAGCAGGGCGGGAGCAGCCGGCGCCUCGGGGCGGGGGGCAGCGGGCCGGGGCCGGGGGCGCCCGUGACUUUUGUACAUUUGAAUGUCUGACCCUUUUUUUGAGCGUACGUUGAAUGCAGCGUUCGGUCGUAGAGACCAGGGUUUUUGUAUUUAAUAAAAGUUUCAAAAGUU